CGCAACACACCUCUAACUUUCCAUUAGUAAUGGAAACUUCUUAGGAGAAGGUUUAUCAGUUUUUUAAGAACUGGAUUUGAACGGUUAAGAAUUGAACUCUGUGAUUCAGAACUGGUAGGAAGCCAAUGGGAGUGAAGAGGGAAGAAGAAUUUAAGCAGAGCUCCUGGAUCAGUCUCAAGAACUUUCUAGACCACUUUAUCAUUCUCAUAGUAACCAAGUUCUGCCUUGUAAAUACUGUUAUUUGUAUAUACUGUAAAUGAUGACAUCGGUGGGCACUAACCGAGCCCGGGGAAGCUGGGAACAGACACAGACACAGAACCAGGCACAGCACAAGCAGAGGCCACAGGCCACUGCAGAGCAAAUUCGACUUGCACAGAUGAUCUCGGACCACAACGAUGCUGACUUUGAGGAGAAAGUGAAGCAACUGAUCGACAUCACAGGCAAGAAUCAGGAUGAGUGUGUGAUCGCCCUGCACGACUGCAACGGGGAUGUCAACAGAGCCAUCAAUGUGCUGCUGGAAGGGAACCCAGACACGCACUCCUGGGAAAUGGUUGGGAAGAAGAAAGGUGUGUCAGGACAGAAAGACAGUGGACAGACGGAGCCCAGCGACGAAGGCAAAGAGAACCGGGAAAAAGAGAGAGACUUCAGCCGGCGACGGGGGAGUGGGUUGCCCCGAAGAGGCCGUGGAGCCAGCCGCGGAAGAGAAUUUCGGGGCCAAGAGAAUGGACUGGAUGGUGGCAAGACAAGUGGAUCUUCUGGUAGAGGCACAGAGAGAGGGCGACGGGGGCGUGGGCGAGGCAGAGGCGGAUCUGGACGACGGGGAGGAAGAUUUUCUGCCCAAGGCAUGGGAACUUUCAACCCUGCGGACUAUGCAGAACCCACCAGCAUGGAUGAAGGCUACGGCAAUGGUAACAGCAACACGUGGAACAACACCGGAAGUUUUGAGCCGGAUGAUGGGACAAGAGUUGAUUACAUUAGGGGUGAGGGGUCAAAUUAUCCCCGAAAAUUUGACACUGCUCCUGGUACGAGAAAUCCAGGUGCGUGGAGGACGGCAACGGAGGAAUGGGGGACUGAGGACUGGAAUGAAGAUCUUUCAGAAACGAAGAUCUUCACUGCAUCCAAUGUCUCCUCUGUGCCACUGCCGGUGGAAAACGUGACCAUCACAGCUGGACAAAGGAUCGACCUUGCAGUGCUCUUAGGAAAGACUCCUUCGCUGGAAAACGAGUCGCCCAGCCUGGAUUCCUCCCAGGCUCCGACUCUCAGCCAGCCGCUGGUGUUCAGCAAUUCGAAGCAAAGCUCCAUAUCCCAGUCCAGUUCAGGGAACGCCUUCUCUCACCAUGGCAUGGUUGGUGUGCUGGGAAAGGGCUUCACUGACGUGGGGGAAGGAAAGAGCGGCGGCAGCACCACCACCACCACCACCACCACCGGCUCCCAGUUCCUGGAGCAGUUCAAGACUGCUCAGGCCCUCGCCCAGCUGGCAGCGCAGCACCCCCAGCCCGCCGGCAGCAGCACCCCGGCCUCCUCGUGGGACAUCAGCAGCACGGGUCAGCCCUCCUCCCUCGUGCAGUACGAUCUCAAGAACCCCUCGGAACCCGCCGUGCACAGCCCGUUUGCCAAGCGGCAGGCCUUCCCCCCCGCCUCCACCAUGAUGGAAGUGUUCCUCCAGGAAAAGCAGCCGGCGGCAACGGCCUCAGUGACGGCGCCGCCGCCACCGUCCUCCCCCCUGGCCAGCAAAGCCAACCCCGUCCCCCAGGCGUCCCCAGGCUCCUCGAGCCCUCAGCCGGCCCAGCAGAAGUCGAAACAACCAAGGAAGAAGGCCUCCUUGACAUCGAAGAUUCCUGCUCUGGCGGUAGAGAUGCCUGGCUCUGCGGAUAUUUCGGGGCUCAACUUGCAGUUUGGGGCCCUGCAGUUUGGCUCGGAGCCCGUCCUCUCGGAGUACGAAGCGACACCUGCUACAAGCAGCUCCGUGAGCCAGCCUCCAAGCAGCCUGUAUACCAGCUCUGCAAGCGAGUCUCUGUCUACAAUUUCCUCCAAUAAAAGCCAGGAGCCCGGUUUCCAGAGUGGCAGCAUGCCUACAGCAACGUAUACCUCCCAGAACAGUGCUCAGGGACCCCUGUACGAGCAGAGAUCCACUCAGACCCGGCGGUAUCCAAACUCCAUUUCUUCCUCGCCCCAAAAGGACUUGAGCCAGGCCAAGAACGGCUUCAACUCGGUGCCACCUACGCAGUUGCAAACCACCCAGGCAGCUGAAGGUGCGGCUGGCUCUGCUGUGAAAUCUGACUCCCCUUCGGCCCCCAGCAUCACAGCCCCUCUCGGUGACACUGUGUCAGCGGCGUCCCUGCUGACCACGGCCACCCAGCAUUCCUCGGUGCUCAGCAGCCUGAAUCACGCCGAGGAGCUCUCGAACACCGCUGCCACGCAACACAGCAGUACAUUGCCCACCCAGCAGAACAGCCUCUCUUCCUCAACUUCCUCUGGCCGCACGUCAACUUCGACUCUCUUGCACACCAGCAUGGAGAGCGAAGCCGGGCUCCAUUCUUCUGCAAGCACUUUCUCCACCACCUCCAGUACUGUCUCCGCCGCGCCCCCCGUGGUCAGCGCCUCGUCGAGUCUCAGCAGCGUCAGCAGCCUGGGCCUGAGCCUCAGUAAUAACUCUACCGUGACGGCCACGACUCGCAACUCAGUAGCCACGACGUCAGGAAAGGCUCCCCCCAACCUGCCUCCUGGCGUGCCGCCGUUGCUGCCGAAUCCGUACAUCAUGGCGCCUGGGCUGUUGCACGCCUACCCGCCGCAGGUUUACGGCUAUGAUGACUUGCAGAUGCUUCAGACAAGGUUCCCAUUGGACUAUUACAGUAUCCCAUUCCCCACACCAACCACCCCGCUGACCGGACGGGAUGCAAGCUUGAACAGCAACCCCUAUUCUGGCGACCUCACGAAAUUUGGCCGAGGCGACGCCUCUUCCCCUGCGCCGGCCACCACGCUGGCUCAGCCUCAGCAGAACCAGACGCAGACGCACCACACCACCCAGCAGACGUUCCUCAACCCGGCCUUGCCUCCUGGCUACAGUUACACCAGCCUGCCCUACUACACCGGGGUUCCCGGGCUGCCCAGCACCUUCCAGUACGGACCUGCUGUGUUUCCCGUUGCUCCUACUUCUUCCAAGCAGCACAGCGUCAACGUCAGUGUGAACGCCUCUGCCGCCCCAUUUCAGCAGCCCAGCGGCUACGGUUCCCACGGAUACAGCACGGGAGUUUCCGUAACAUCCAGUAACACAGGAGUGCCUGAUAUCUCCGGCUCUGUGUACUCCAAAACGCAGCAGUCCUUUGAGAAGCAGGGAUUUCACACUGGGACGCCAGCGGCCUCCUUCAACUUGCCGUCGGCGCUGGGCAGCGGGGGCCCGAUCAACCCCGCCACGGCUGCAGCCUACCCACCGGCUCCCUUCAUGCACAUCCUGACCCCCCACCAACAACCCCACUCCCAAAUCUUGCAUCAUCACUUGCAGCAAGACGGGCAGACGAUUCUGUACUUCCAACACCAGCAGGAAGACCCAGUAUUGAACAUCGCGGAAGGCUGAGGAAGGCCUCCUGCUGUCCUGAGCAGCACCGGCCAGCGCAGCCAGGGCAGUUCCAUCCCGCAGAAAUCGCAGGCUAACAAGUCCGCCUACAACAGCUACAACUGGGGCGCCAACUGACCACCGCCACACACCCUGGCAGCGCGACACUUCAACCAAGAGACAGGCAGAAGGACGACAGCGACCCAUCCCAAACGGGAACGACCCCCACCUGGGAGAAGGCCUCCCUUCCCCUCAGCACGGCCCUGCGGCCUUGGGAAACACGGCCUGGCCAUAACGUUCCUUCCCCUUCCUCCCAUCACCUUGCCCUUAUUGUAUGUAAUAUAGAAUUUGUAUCUUUUUUUUUUUUCCUUUUCUCUUUCUCUCUUUUUUUUUUUCCUGCAUUCAUUCAGAGAGCCGUUCAGCCGUAGGGGCCUUUUCGUUUCGUUUUGCUUCUGUUUGGUUUUCUACUCCUUUACUCUUCCUUGCCCCUCCUCCCUGCUCCCCCCCCCAAAUAAAAUUACUGCCCAGCAGAUCCAAAGGAGUCAACACCUGGAAUCCCUUCCCUCCCGCCCCUUCGAUGCCCCCCCUUUAUUAUUAGGAAUAAGAGCAGUAAUUGAUAUGAACCGCGUUGUAAGAUUAAUUAGUUGAAGUGGUUUUUUUUUGUACUGUGUUCUAAAUUUAAUGGAUAAAUGUGUCUUGUAUAUAAAAAUGAAAACCCCA